UCGGAAUUUGACCACUCAGUAGUUGACUAUCACAAAUCAAGUUUGCUUCUUUGCAAAAGCCAAAGUUUCGAACUUUCUCCAAUAGAGAUGAGCAAGAACAAUAAGAAGAAGAGAAGAUGGGAUUUGAAGAACGGAGGGAUUCUAUUAGAGGAGCUAAUCGCUUCCUUCGACGGCAAAACCAAUCCGAUUCGUUGCUUCUCCUCCGAUCAGAUCCUUAAAGCUACCGACAAUUUCUCCGAAAGCCGAAUUAUCUCCAGCUGGGGAUACUUCAUAUGGUACAAAGGCGUAAUCGAAGAAAGACAAGUUUCAAUCAAGAAAUGGUCGAGUCAAAAUCUCUCAAGCUUCACAGAAGCGUAUAGAGAUAUCUCUGUAUCCUCUCAGAUGAGUGGACACAAGAACGCUUUAAAGCUUAUAGGUUGUUGUUUGGAGUUUGAUCUUCCAGCUUUAGUCUGUGAAUACACAGAACACGGACCGCUUAAUAGAGACGGAGGACUCUCAAGUGGAGUGGUUUUACCAUGGAAAGUGAGAUUGAAGAUUGCUAAAGAGAUAGCUAGUUCUGUGACUUAUCUUCACACGGCGUUUCCAGAGACUAUAGUCCAUCGGAAUAUAAAUCCGACGAACAUUUUCAUUGAUGAGAAUUGGACGGCGAAGCUUUCUGAUUUCUGGUUCUGUGUUGCAAUACCAGAGGGGGAAUUGUAUGUAGAAGAUGAUGUGAAAGGUGUGAUUGGUUUUGUUGAUCCGGACUAUUACUGGACAAUGAAAGUUACUGAGAAAGUGGAUAUUUAUAGCUUUGGUGUUGUGAUGUUGGUUUUGUUGUCUGGAAGAGCUGCUGUGUUUAAUGGACCAGAUGAGGCUCCUAUGUCGCUUAAUGAUCAUGUGUCUGAGGUAAUGGAGAAAGGUGAGUUUGAUGAGAUUGUUGAUAAAGAGAUAUGGAAUGAUUUGGGUGGGGAUGAUGAUUUGGUUUUGAGACGGUCUCAGGUUAAAGCGUUUCUUAGAUUAGCGUUGAGAUGUGUAAGAUAUAAGAAGGAAGAUCCAGUGAGUGGUAUGCUUGAAGUUGCUAAAGAGCUCAAAUUGAUUGAGAAACUCUCUUGAUUAGUCUUCCUUGUCUUGUUAGUUUCUUCAUACCUCUUGAAAGAAUGAUAACUUCUGAGAAGUUUUAGUGAUGUCUCAAUGUGUUUGAGUUCUUGUGUUAGUCUUUAUCUUGUACUAUCAAGAACUCAAAUGUCAUAUAUUGAGCUUAUUUUUUAUUAAUUCCAUUAUCGAAUAAAGACAUUUUUUUGGCCAGCCAGAGAGGGUAACUUUACUCUCCUAAGUGUGAAUUUUUUA